AUGGGAGAAGUAGAACUGCGAGAAUUUGUUUCAAGUCACAUCACGGACGGUGCAUGGCAAGUAGUGUUGCAGUUUGUGGCUGGGCUUCUCAGUGACCGAGAAAAACCACUGACCGAUAUUUUCACGAACCUUCUGCCAGUGUCGACGUAUGAGGAAGAAGAACAGGAACUGGACCCGAGCAUAGUAACCUGUUGGCCAAGUAAGGAAGACGCACAAUUAGCGUUAACGUUAUGUCACUGUUUAUAUGAGAUCGAUGCAGAUGAUUCAGCCGUACAAAACAAAGUAAGAGAGAUUGAUUUCAACGCUGUAGUGUUAAAGUACUGUCAACUAGAACCUGUUGAUUGUACUGCAAUAGUCAAUUUUCUUAAAAAGCAUAACGAAAUUUUAAUGAUUAACUUGAGUGGUAACAAGAUUGGCUGCCUCGGUUGCAAAGAAAUAAGCGAGUUUUUAGAGUCUUCUACGAGUGUCAGUGAUGGUAACUGCAAACUUAGCAGCUUAAACCUCAAUCAUAGCUUAGUAACAGAUGAAGGAGUAAAGUAUUUGGCUAAAGCUUUGAAGCACAAUAAUUGCAAACUAGACAGCUUAAACCUCGCCGAUAACGAAUUAACUAAUGAAGGAGUACAGUGUUUGGCUGAAGCUUUGUAGGAUAGUAAUUGCACACUUAGCAGCUUAAACCUCGCCGGUAACGAGUCAGUUACCGAUGAAGGAGUAAAGUAUUUGGCUGAAGCAUUGAAAGAUUGCAAACUAAACAGCUUAAUCCUCUCGAAAAACAAUGUAACCGAUGAAGGAGUAAAGUAUUUGGCUGAAGCUUUGAAGGAUAGUAAUUGCAAACUAAAAACCUUAAACCUCGCCGGAAACGAAUUUACUGAUGAAGGAGUAAAGAAUUUGGCUGAAGCUUUGAAGGAUAGUAAUUGCAAACUAAACAGCUUAAACCUCACCGGUAACGAAUUUACCGAUGAAGGAGUAAAGUAUUUGGCUGAAGCUUUGAAGGAAGGCGAUUGCGAAUUAGAAAGCUUAGACCUCGCCUGUAAUAAAUUAACCGAUGAAGGAGUAAAGUAUUUGGCUGAAGCUUUAAAGCACAGUUGCAAACUAAAAAGCUUAAUCCUCUGGCAAAACAAUGUAACCGAAGAAGGAGUCAAGAGUUUGGCUGAAGCUUUGAAGAAUACUGAUUGCAAACUCAACAGCUUAAAACUCGCCGGUAACGAAUUUACCGAUGAAGGAGUAAAGUAUUUGGCUGAAGCUUUGAAGGACGGUGAUUGCGAAUUAGAAAGCUUAGACCUCGCCUGUAACAAAUUAACCGAUAAAGGAGUAAAGUGUUUGGCUGAAGCUUUAAAGGAUUGCAAACUAAACAGCUUAAUCCUCUGGCAAAACAAUGUAACCGAAGAAGGAGUCAAGAGUUUGGCUGAAGCUUUGAAGAAUACUGAUUGCAAACUCAACAGCUUAAAACUCGCCGGUAACGAAUUUACCGAUGAGGGAGUAAAGUAUUUGGCUGAAGCUUUGAAGGAUAGUAAUUGCCAACUUAACAGCAUAGACCUCUGGCAAAACAAUGUAACCGAUGAAGGGGUAAAGUAUUUGGCUGAAGCAUUAAAGCACAAUAAUUGCAAACUAGAGAGCUUAAACCUCACCAAUAACAAAUUAAACGAUGAAGGAGUGAAGUAUUUGGCUGAGGCUUUGAAGGACGGUAAUUGCAAAUUACACAGCUUAGACCUCGCCUGUAACAAAUUAUCUGAUGAAGGAGUAAAGUAUGUGGCUGACACUUUGAAGGAU